AUAAGUUCAUACUUUCCCUUACCAAAUCCUAUUUCCACCGUUCCUUUCUUUCAUCGCCAAAAGAAUGGAUUCCACCGCCGGAGAAGAAGUGGUUUUCCAAUUCUUAUCAGUCUUCCGCGUCUUCAAGAGCGGCCGCGUAGAGAGGCUCGUUCCCGCCGACACUGUUCCGCCGUCCACCGAUUCACGAACCGGUGUCCAAUCCAAAGACGUCCUCAUCGAUCCACACACCAAACUCUCCGUCCGGAUCUACCUCCCCAAAGUUUCAACCUCUGCGAAGAAGCUUCCGCUCCUAAUUUACAUCCACGGCGGCGCUUUCGCCAUCGGCUCCGUCGCGUCUUCGAUCUACCACAGCCACUUGAUCUCCCUUGCUGCCGAAGCCAACGCCGUCGCUGUCUCGGUCGAAUACCGUCUUGCACCGGAGAAUCCGCUUCCGGCGGCGUACGAUGACGCCUGGAAGGCGGUGGAGUGGGUGGCGUCGCAUUCCAAUCGCGACGGCGCCGAGAUGUGGCUGAACGAACACGCGGAUUUCGACCGCGUUUUUAUCGUCGGUGACAGCGCUGGGGCUAAUAUUUCGUACAACGUCGUGGGCCGGGCCAGCGAAAAUGAUAAUGGGCCGGAAGGACUCAAGAUAAUUGGGCUGGGCUUGGUGCAUCCAUUUUUCAUGAUAGAUAAGCCCGAUAAGUUAAUAGAGUACAUCUUUCCGACGUCGACGGGUCUGGAGGAUCCGAGAAUGAACCCGUGGGCGAACCCGGGACUAGGGAGGUUUCGGUGCAACCGGGUCCUGAUAAUAGCGGCGGAACAUGAUUUCCUGAAUGAUAGGGCGCGUGGAUUUCACGCGGCGCUGAGGGAGAGUGGAUGGAAGGGGUCGGUGGAGAUGGUGGAAAAUGAAGGCGAGGACCACGUGUUUCAUUUGUUUAAUCCUGACUGUGGGAAGGCUGUUGCAUUGGUUAAAACAGUGGCUUCCUUUAUCCAAUCAGAUUCAAACGAGGCUGAGAUGGGGACCCGACCCUCGAAUCUCUAAAGAGGCUACUUGAAUCUUUAAUCAAGGCAUUGAUUAAUGUUGAAGCAGGCUAGUUUUAUUUGGAUAUUUAUUUUCUUGUAUUCUAAGAUAUUAUCAUAUUAUAUAUAUAAUUGCCGUUUAUAAUU